AUGUGUUUGCGAGAAUUUGUUGAAAGCUGUGAUCAAGCACUAGAAAGAAUUUACAUUAGAGAACGGGAUGAAGAUUACGAGUCUAUCCAUGUGAAGCGUAUAUUUGUUUCCCAAGAUUUGUUAGUGAAGCAUGCAUCUGAAAUCUAUACGAGGAAUUUGUUUAUCAAAGUGCACGAACAGUUUAAUGCUUCUUCACGAUAUCGGUCGGAAGCAGUUGAGGCUGAUGGUGAUGAAGAAACUUAUAGAGUGUACUCGUUCAAUGAUGAAGUACCGACGGAACAGUUUCUAGUAAAGAUUAAUAAGGUAACGAACAAAGGUGUAUGUGGUUGCCAAGAAUAUGAAUUUAUUGGCAUACCGUGCAGACAUUUGCAUCAUAUUUUAGUCUAUCGUUACUAUGUGGUGGAGAUUCCAUCACAUUUUAUAAAGCAAAGGUGGACCAUGUAUGCAAAUAGAUCUUCGGUUUUGGAUAAUGAUGGUUUGGUAAUGAAAGAUCAUAAGCUUGGAACUGAAGCCACGAGGAUUAGUCAUUACUGUCAACGGUCAACUGAAUUAGCUUAUAUAUUGGGUAAGUCUGAGAAAGCUUAUGACGUGGCAAUGGGUUUCCUUGAUCAAGCAUUUGAGAAAUUGAAGGAGAUAGACAUUGAUGAGCUUAGAGCAGAAUAUGGCACAGAUACCCAGUUGGAAGAAUAUGCUAAUGAUGAGCCAUUAGAGACAGAAAAUUCAUGUGACGCAGCUGAGCUAACACACAGAUGA